AUGGCGGCCGCCGAGGCGCUGGCCCUGCACGGGCACCUGCUCACGGCCUACGAGCGCGCGGAGGUGCUGGCCUACCCCCGGGUCUGGUUCGUGGGCGCGCCGGGCGUGGCCAAGGUCACGGCCAACCACGCGCCGGGCCUGGACCCCGACCCCGUGUUCGUGGACGAGCGCGGGGACUACGUGGCGGUGGCGGGGGACCACGUGGCCUACCGCUACGAGGUCCAGCGCGUCCUGGGCCAGGGCUCCUUUGGCCAGGUGCUGUGCUGCGCGGACCACGCCGCGGGCGGGCGCCCCGUCGCCCUCAAGGUCAUGCGCGGGCGCAAGCGGUUCCAGAAGCAGGCGCUGGUGGAGACGCGCAUCCUGAGCCUGCUCCAGGGGCUGCAGGGCGGCUGCCCCGGGAUCGUGGCGGCGCUGGGCUGCUUCUCCUUCAGGGGACACCUGUGCAUCGCUUUUGAGCUGCUGUCCAUCAACCUGUACGAGCUGCUGCAGGAGCGCCGAAUGCUGGGUUGUGGGUCGCUGCUGGUGCGCAGGGUGGCUGUCCAGGUGCUGACAUCGCUGGAGGCCCUGUCGCGCUUCUACCGCGCGCCGGAGGUCAUCCUGGGCGAGCCCUACGGACACGCCAUCGACAUGUGGAGCCUGGGCUGCGUGCUGGCAGAGCUCAGGACGGGCGCCCCCUUGUUCCCAGGGGAGGAUGAGAAGGAGCAGCUGGCAUGUAUCAUGGAGGUGCUGGGCAAACCGCCCAGCGACAUUGCCCUGUACUCUGCACGGGCGCCCAUAUUCUUCGACCCCGAGAGCGGCGAGCCGCGGAGCACCACGCUGCUGGGGAAGGACAUGCUGCACCGCCCCGGCAGCGUCACGCUGACGCGCGCGCUGGGCGGCGUCGUGGGCCGGGACGCGAGUUUCGUGCGCUUCGUCGCGGCCUGCCUGCGCUGGCGCCCGGAGGAGCGGCUGACCCCCGCCGAGGCGCUGCGGCACGAGUGGAUCGCGGGCUGA